GCAGAAAGUUUUUCAAAACUACACCCGCCAUUAUGCUGAAUAGCUAUCAUAUUUCAGUUCGUUGUCGUAGCUAGCCAGUUUGUUAGUCUAAUAGCUGUCUAAAUUAUAUAGAGUCUACAAUACUUAGCGAGCAAAUUACCACGGCCUAGGAUGGAGACGCGCUUCUCUCACCUCUACCAGCGGGACAGCAGUGUCUCCAUGCUGCGGGUGAAGAUGGCCCGUAGGCGAUCCCAGUCCCAAAAGGAGAAUCGGGACCGCGCUGUGAACCGUCACCGUCGCCUGGACCAGCUACCCGAGCUGGAGGUAUCAGCCCUGGACGAGUCUGUAAUCAAGCUUCCAGCGGCGGCCAGUGACGGGAUGGCACCCGGGCAAAACCAAGUAAAAAGCGGCCGCAGUGCAGCGGUGGAGGAGAGGAAGAAGAUGCUGGCACGGUAUAAGGAAGCCAAGGAGCUGCAGAAAGAGAAAGCGAGAAGAGAAAAGGAGAAGAAGGGCGGGGUCUUCAAGGUGGGCGUGUAUAAGCCCCAGCCCCUGAACGUACUGCCCCAGAUCUCUUCUGCACCAAUCAGGGCCAAGACCUCAGUGCCAGCCCCGUCCAGCAGAGUCACACGCUCCAUGAAGCAGCAGGUCCAGAAGCCACCAACGCACAGAGCGGCUGUUGCUGCAUCCAGGAAAGUGGACCCCGCUGAGAUCAGAGCGCCACUGAGCCGAGCUGUCGGCAAGCCGCAGUCCGCGGCCGCGUCUGCCCGAGGAAAAGCAGCUCCAGCGGAGGCAGCGGUCCGUCCCGCAACGAGCAGAGCGGCCAGCAGGUCUCAGACGGCCUCCCUGGCGGGUGCACGAAAACCUGCGCCAGAAGCAGCUGCCAAUGUGUCGAAAACCAGAGCUGGCAACAAGCAGCCUGCAGCGCCUCCUAUUGGCAGGGGCAAGCCUGCACAAGGCAAGAGCACGACAAGAGCACAAUCCAGAGUGCAGAAGUGUGCCCAGCCUGCCGAGGUGGAAGAGAUGGACACCAGCCCAGCUGACCCCUGCUCUGAAGCGGAGCAGGCACAGAAGGAGGAGCAGCAGGAGGUGGAGGAGGAGGAGGAGGAGAGGAAAACAGAGGGGGAGAAUCUGCCUGCUGGGUCUUCUUUCGCCCCUCAGGGUUUUGUGUUCCAGGCUCCGUGUGGCCUCAAGCCCUUCCCGUUUGUCCCCCUCACCCCUCGCUCUGCCGACGCCUUCCUCACUCCCAGUUACAUUGGCGUUCCUCCAGCCCUGUCCUUCUCUCCCAUGCCCCCCCGGGACCAGGUGGAGCCCCCUCGCUCUUCUCCCUCUCCCCCGCCUCCUCUCUCCCCCCAGGAGCCACAGCACAACGUGCUGUACUUCAGGUCGGUGCUGGCCAGUGAGACGGCCCAGCUGAGCUCUCUGUGUGAGGAGUGGCAUCUGCGGCCUGAGGACUCCUCCAUCCCUGAGGAGAGCCGGGACAGGAUCCGCACUGCGGUGGGCCAGGCCAGGCUGCUGAUGAAGGAGCGCUUCAGCCAGUUCCAGGGCCUGGUGGACGACUGCGAGCUGGGCAGGGGGGAGAAGGUCACCACCUGCACCGACCUGCAGGGCUUCUGGGACAUGGUCUACUUCCAGGUGGAGGACGUGAUCAGGAAGUUUGGCGCUCUCCGAGAGGCGGAGUCUAGAGGCUGGCAGGAGGAGCACAAGUCUCCACCCCGCCCAAAAAAGACCAAGAAGCCACGCCCAGCUGCAGCCGCAGGGAAGGCCGGGGCCGGAGGCGGGGCCAGCGCCGCUGCCCGCAGUCGUCUGGCCGCGGUGAAGGCAGCCAUGAAAGCCAAGCGCGCGGCGGAGUCGGCUCCCAUGGAGACCCAGCCUGACUCCGCCCCUCCUGCCACCCAGCCUGACCCCACCCAGACCGUGGUCUUCCACGGGGGCUUCUUCCGCGUAGAGAGCCCCAUCCGCGUGCCUGGGGCCUCAAGACGAUCCUCUCGUAGGAGUGCCGUACCCUCCCUCCCUGGCUCUCCGUGCCCCGCCUCACAAUUCACCACCCCGGCGAGGCAUCGCCCCUCUGUGCCCGCUCACCCGUCCCCUCUUCCCUCGCUCUCUCUCAGCACCCCCACUGCCUGCACACCUCGCCCCCUCCCUCAGGGUCAGUGCACUCCUCCCAAACCUGCUCUCCAUGCUGGCGCCCCCUGUGGCCAGUCAGAGUAUGAUGGCAGGCAGCCUGUGGCUGCUCCUGCAGGGGGCCAGGCCGAGCGUACUGGAACCCUCACCCAGCCUCCAGAAGCCCUAGAGCCCUCCAGCCAAUCACAGGCCCUAGAGCGUGCGGCAAAAACCAACAGCCAGUACAGGCUUGCCCCAGAGGAGGCGGAACAAACAGCCAGCCAAUUGGAGGGUGUGGCCGAGCCCAAAGCAGACGGCAGUGUUCUUCCCUUCCCAUCUCUCCAGGCUCUGACGCCUGAGGCUGUGGGCCAGAACCGCAGCCUCUGCCUCUCCCUCUCCCCCUGUCAGACAGCAGAUCAGCUUCCUGGUGAAGGCUGUGGGUUAAGCUUCACCCUGUCCCCCUGUCAGACAGCAGAUCAGCUUCCUGGUGAAGGCUGUGGGUUAAGCUUCACCCUGUCCCCCUGUCAGACAGCAGAUCAGCUUCCUGGUGAAGGCUGUGGGUUAAGCUUCACCCUGUCCCCCUGUCAGACAGCAGAUCCCGCUUCAGACUGCGGGUUAAGCCUCACCCUCUCCCCCUGCCCAUCUGACGGUGCCGAACAGCGUUCCCCUUCCGCCUCCUCCCUGAGCCUCCCGGCCCCCCUGGACCCUCACACACCAGCGCCCUGCAGCAUGGACAGCCCGGCUGGUUCUUCUGAGGCCUGCGUGGCUGUCUCUCCGGACGCACCCUACGCUGAGAACACUCCAGGUUUGGACUUUGAGCGUUACCUACGGCCCACCCUGAGGUGCAGCCCUUCGCCACAGGCGGCUGCGGUCGCCAUGGAAGCAUCGCCGCUGCUGGCAACGUCCCCGUGCACCGACGUGCAGAUGGACAGUCCUGGACCUCAGCUGGAGGGGCAGCCGGAGGGAGUUUCCCUGGCGCACGCGGCCCCAGCCCCAGUCCAGCUGGUUCCCCUCGGACACACGUUCUCCCCGCAGGCACACCAGCUGGAAGACGGAGAGCUGCUUCUCUUUACCUCUGAGCCGCGGGACAGAGUGCGCCAGUCAGUGUGUGAGGGAGACCUCAUGACCUUCACCCCUCCCUGUGGCCGCUGAGGAUGUGCUCUCACACACGCACACACACACACACACACACACACACACAGACAUGCGCACAGACACACACAGACACACCGGCAUUUUCAGAGUUAUGGAUAUGAUGCUUGAGACAGCUUACUGCAAACUGACACCGCCUACACUUCCCUUAUUUCUAUCCGCUCAAAAAUAAUUUUAUUUAUAUAUCAUUAGUGUCUUAAGAGUGACCUCCAUCCUUUGUGGAGAAGAUUGUGGGUGUAAUGGAUUUUGACGUGUACCAGCUACCUCGGAUUACUUAGGUAUUUGCAUAGAGAUGAGCAGCUGGUCUUUAAAAUUGAUUUCCUUCCUUAAGCUAUUAUACAAUAUCCUGGUAAUUAGAUUUUUGUGACCAGAAAAGGAAGUGGUGAAUAAAGGUUUUAUACUUUUAUCAAU